UGAAUUAAUAAUUUAAAUAAUGUACCCAGGAGUUGGGUUAGACCCCAUUACAGUCCCUAUUAAAUGCUAAAACACCUAAACAAAUGCAUUUGGUCUGUCCAGUGUAAUUGUGAUGUCCAUGUCAAAAUUUAAAUAAUUAAAUUAAUUAAAAACACCCAGAACUGGGCUGAAGUAACCCAGCAUUUUUAGUGUGUUCUGAUUAUUCUGUGUGUUGAAACAGGAAGUUGAUCAUCUUGUGGGGUUCCUGCGAUCUGAUUGGAUGGGUCUGACACUGUGCUGCUGGCUGAGAGACGGCCUUCCCAAAAAUCGCAAUCAAUCCUCAUCAGCAUUCACCCCGUUUUCCGUGACUCCGCCCAUUCGGCUUGCUGUGCUUUUAGACACGCCUCCUGUUGCCCCCGGAAACCCUCGAUCACAGUGGAGUCCGACACACCUGUCUCCUAACCUACAGCGGUGCGUGUCAGGUGUCCGAGUGCAUCGCGGACAUGUGGAGCAGAGCAGUGAUGCAGCCCGGGCUGCGAUCGGCACGUCAACAGGUCUCCAUAUAUGGGAGGUUAAGUGGGAGGGGCAACAAAGAGGAAGCCACGCCCUCCUGGGAGUGUCCACUCACAAAUCCCCCCUGCAGGCAUCGGGAUAUAAAGCACUUAUAGGCGGAGACUCAUGCUCCUGGGGCUGGGAGCUCUCAACCAAUCAGCUGUGGCAUGAUGGGAAGGAGGGGAGGAGUUAUCCGGGAGGCGGAGCCACAGGUGUUUUGAGCGUGCCAGAUCGUGUGCUAUUAGUGGUGGACGCAGAUGCAGGGACGCUGGGAUACGUAGUAGACGACUGCUAUCUGGGCGUGGCCUUCCAGGAUCUGCCCAAAGGGGUGGAGCUGUUCCCUGCAGUGAGCUGCGUUUGGGGCGGAGCUGAAAUUUGCAUACGCUACCUGUCCGGCACCACGCGUGACGCACCUGCUCUUCAGGCUCUCAGUCGUCUCUCUGCACGGCGGGCUCUCAGACUCCACGGGACCCAAAACCACACACACUCCUUGCCUUCAGCUCUACAGCGCCUCCUGCUGGACACACACACACACCACAGGGACACGCCUGAACACGCACAAACUCAAAUGUUACUGGUCACGUAAAGAGACAUCCACACAAUAAGAUCUGCGGUGAAAUGAUUGCACAAAUAACAAUGCAAUGAUAAAAUAACAACAGAAUUUAAAUGAAGCAGUAAUAGAAGUAAUAUGGAGUACGUGACUGCAGAAUAAAAGUACAAAGUGUAAAACAUAUACAGGGUUUCAGCAGGUUUCACAGAGCUAAAUUUAGGACUUUCAGAUAUUUUAAGACCAUUAUGACUGAAAUUUUAGACUCAUAAAGGAAUCUUUCAAAUGGGCCGGAUGGAAAAAAAUUUUAUUUGCUCUAUCAAAAAAUGCU